AUACAUUUGUCUUUAGACGUGUAGAUAUUGUUUGCUCCAAAUUUCUCGUGCUGUGCAAUCUGUUUCCGUAUAAAAUUCUAAAAAUGAAUCCUCAUCUAGACUCCAAAUCUAACGUAUGUCCAAAAUCUUGUUUCUCGUUUGUACUUCCCUUCCUGUUUUUCAAAUGGAAUCCCUUGACUGCGAUGUGCAUCAACCUUCCCUUUUAUCAAUAUUCCUGGAUAUUUGCGGCUAUCAAUAUGAUGGUCAACCUGGCCCUCAACUCCUACUUUCUAUUCUGGCACCUGGCGGCUCCUCCUCCGCAAGACAACGUGUUCGUGCAGUCGAUCGACGUGGGCCGCUUCCACCUGUCCAUUCGCAUUCCCUGGAACUUUCUCCACGUGGCGCGGAUGGUGUACUCGGUGCAGGGUUUAGCCCGGGGGCUGUACUUCCUGCUGGUGGCGGACAAUUACGGUCCUCUGCUGGGCAGUGUCGUCACCGGGCCGGCCCUUUUUGCGUUCGAUAUGGUGAUGUCGGCGCGGAACUUCCGCAAGGAGGACUGUGGCUGCCCCGGCGGAUGUCGCCAGUACUUUUGGAUGCGCACCGUGAAGCAUGUGACGGCGGUUCUGCACUGGAGCACCAUGUGCUGUUUGCUGUUUGGUCGCUUUGAAGGGUGUGUUCGGGAAGAAUGAUGAGGGAAAACGGGCUUUUGCUUUUAUAUAUUUUAUUGUGUUUUUCAUAAAUUGUUAGAAAAAUUAGUGAACUUUAUAUGAUUUAUGCAGUCGUGUGUAGUGCAUCACGUUAAUACAUUUUUGAACAAAUGUUUGGAUAUGGUUUUGGGACACAAAAAACUACUAUUUCUGGUGAUGACCGCACCUUUUCCCUAGAGAGCCUAGGCUCUCUACUAUGUACGGUCAGUGGGGGUGACAUUGUGCCAUUUUUUUAACAGGAUUUGCAAUUCCUUUUUGAAAGGAAACUUAAACCUGUUUAAAGGGUUGUGUAGAGGACAUCUUUAGAAAACUUUGGUAAAAAUCACGUUCCUAGAACAAAUCCUGUCAUUUUGGAAGCUGUCUAAAGUUGUGGUACGUUUUUGGCCACAAAUUACCCCGCAAAAAAUCAACCAUUUUUUUUGUUGCUUGAAAAGUUCCUAAAUAAUUGAAAAUCUCCACUUCUAAUAAUGUAACAUGUCAAUACUAUUCCCUCGAAAAAGUAGCACUGUUGGAUGAUUUGUUUUGAAGUUUUGACCGGUUUGUUUAAUUCGAGCGUCUUUUUUCAUUUGACAUUUGUUUUAAAAAGGUUGGCAUUGUUGUUAGUAGUGUUAAUCAAAUUCCACUAUAUUUUUGGAAAAUGUUGGUAAAAUAUCUAAGAAUAAUCCUUCGUUUACAGUUUUUCGAUAUCAUUUAAAUUGUUUUUGUUAUUUAGAAAUUACGAGGUGUGUGUGUGUGUGUGUGUGUGUGUGUGUGUGUGUGUGUGUGUGUGCAACCAACCAAACAGGACCACGCGGCCGCUUCUUACAAAUUGAGUUGUUUCCAUGUAUUUUUAGAUCUACAUUCUAUACAUGCAAAUAACUCGCAUAGACAUUUGGAAGGUGACCCAUAGGGGGAUGGCGUCGCUAUUUUUAGACCACGUUUUCCACUUUUUCUCAUUGAAACCGACUACUCUAUCGACUUCAUUUUGCUGGGCGAGAUAGGACGUCGUCUAUUUUUAGACGAUGACUCAGCACUUUUCCACUCUUGCACUUAAAAAAAACCAGAUGGCAGCACGAUGUAACGCCACGUCCCUAUUUCUACGCUGGCUAGCCGGGCGCGAGGUACUUCUGCUUUAUCGACAAGCCCCGCUCUGAAGAACGUUUGCACCAAUCGGGUUCAAACGUUAUUUAGAACUUCCGAACCCUUGUCAAAUGGACAAGGACCCAGCGCGUAUAUAGUUGGUAGGUACAGUAUUCCUAAUUCCAGUUAUAGCUCACCAAGUCGCGAUGGCCUAGUGGUUAGCAUCGAACCCCACCUCGAGUGACUUUGAUUUUUCGUUCAUGUUCAGAGUUUCAAGUUUUAUAUCUCCUAUACUUUCUCGUUGGGAGCAGAUGGGAAUCGAACCCAGGAUCAUUCACUUACAAAGCGAACACCGUAACCAGUCAGCCACGGCCGCUCCUGUUAUUUAGAAAUUACGAGAGGUGUAUCGUUUUUUUGACCCAUAGCCAGCCCCACUGACGGUACCUAUUUUUUUCUCUGAACAGUUUUGUUAUUGUUAUAAACAAUAUAAGAAGAACGAACGCCAUUUUGUGCAGCUCACAAAAUUCGUUUCCAAUCCUGAGGUAUUCAAUAAAAACCGAAUAAACUCCGUGCAUUGUUGUCACUCUUCAAAUGGAUCAAGUCUCAAUCUUGUCGUGCUUGACACACCCUGAAAAUUGAUGUAAGUGCGACAACUGGCCAAAGGGAUUUCAGGCCAGAACGCGUUUGACACACGUACAAACCCGACUACCGUAAACAAUUGUAAUUAUAACUCGGGACUCCGGAAACCAAACUUCGGGACAGUGCACAGAAUGGUCAACCAAACAAAACGUGUUUGUUUUUGAUUACACUAUGUGCUCAUUUUUUUUUGUUAAUUUAAGCUCAAACAUUAAAACUUGUUUCUCUCGGAACGCACAGUGGGCAAAAACGGGUGAAAAAACGGAUCUUUUGAUGCCGUCAGUUGCUGCCUGUCAAAAGUAUCAUUUUUAAUGUAAAAAAUUACGAGGAAUCGAUUGGUGGUACUCUCAUUAGCGGCAAAUGACGGGAAGUGGUCCAUUUUACCCCAUUUUGCCUUUUUUUGGGUGUUUUUCUCGAAUAUCUUCAACUGCCGUAGUUUGCCGCACUUUUAAAGUAUCUUAUUUUAUUUAAAAAAUCACGAGAAAUCGAUUGAUGAUACUCUCAAUGGCGGCAAAUGACGGCAAGGGCCCAUUUUGCCCCAUUUAACCCCUUUUAAUGUGUUUUUCGUAAAUAUCUUGAAAUUACAUUAUUUCCUACAGUUUGAACGUAUAUAUAUACGUAUAUUGACCGCUGUAUCUUCACAAGAAUUGGGCUUAGGACAUUGGUCAAUAUGGAGACUUUUAUGUAAAAUUGUCUGGAGAUCGAUUCCCACUAUCGGUUUUUGAAAAUUUUGACGUUUAGACCACUUUUCAAAAAAAAAACAGUUUUAGUAAAUGAUUUUUGUAUUUUUUUAGGAGAGACUUACCAUCCUGCAUUUUUCGUGAGUCUUUUUGUCACAUUUUAGGCUAUUUUCACAAAAAGUUUGAGCGAAAAAAUUCGUCAAAUUUCCUACAAGUUUGUCUUUGACCACUUUUUGAUACGAUGUAACGGCUCAGAGAUACAGCAAUAUUUAAAUUACAAAAUACAAACAUAUUUAAAACCCUUACGCCCUUCUCAAAUGUCAUUAUCGAGUGCAACUGGCUCCAUAUACACAAAAAUGGCCUAUAUAGGCCUAGGAUAACAUGUCCGAAAAGUUUCAUUGAAAUCGGAGAGGGUCGUGUACAAAAGUACCAGAAAAAUUCCUGAUUUGAGCUGGAAUUGCUCUCUAGUAAGUAAAGAAAAAACGAAGUUCCUUUUUUCUACAAGGACUUCGCCGCCCUGGGCUCCUAAGUGUAUGAAGCACGGCACGGUGCGAAAGCCCCGAAUACCCAUUGUUUGAGAUCGAUAGUUGCGCCCUCUACCCUAUAUAUUAGAUUAGUUUCAGGAUGAAUCGGAACACCCAUAUUGACACAAAGAAUUUAAAGACCUGCGCGGGAUUCGAACCAGCAACCUCUGGAUUGUGAGUCAGGUGCGAUUCACAAAUUUUUUUUGUGGUAAUCAGAAUUGCCUUUCAGUAGGAUUUUUCUUAAUCGCAUCGCUUUUUUGUAAAACAAGCAUACUGCAUAUUCUGUUGUCGAACGCUGAAAUGAAAAGACGUU